AUAAUAAUUACGGUAAAACUGACUGCUCCUUCACAGAAAUCCAACCCCUAUUCCCGACAGCUGAAAGUUAGUUUGGAGUAGCCUAACACCCGAAACAGUUUGCGAACCGCCUGCGCUAAAUAACUCGUUAUCCAUCGUACGAUGGUGCGCCGGUGGGAUGGCGUCUAAGCUCCUGGACAGACUGCGCCGUUCCCUGUUUAAGGAAGGGGCCUCGGCGGAGCCCGGGGGGGCGGAGGAGUUCCCCGAGAGCUCGGAGCUGGAGGACGACACGGAGUGCGUCUCCGCGCGCCUCAGCGGCACGCUCAGCUUCGAGGGCGAGCGGACCCUGGACUCCGAGGACACCGGAGAGGCCUCCGGUCCGGACAGUGACUCAGACUUUCUGGCAGAGUCCAUUGAGAACGGGUCCUGCAGCACAGAGGGCAGUCCAGUGGCCCUUCCUCCUGGGGGUGUCACCCUGCUCACCUCUCAAAUGCGAGAGAGCUGGCGCAGCUCGCAGUCCCGCAGCAUUCCAGUGAAGCUGCUCUUUGAGGUCACCGAUGCAAGUGUAGUCCAGGACGGUUCCUCCAAAUAUGUGCUCUAUACUAUCCAUGUGAUCCAGUCAGGGAUGUUUGACCGGAGCCCUGCGCUCAUCACACGACGCUACACCGACUUUGAGCGUCUCCACGCCCGGCUGCGCCGUCGCCACGGGGACGAGAUGGAGGGCGUGUGCUUCCCCCGCAAGAAGCUGCGGAGGAACUUUGCGGCGGAGACCAUUGCCAAGCGCAGCCGGGCCUUCGAGCAGUACCUGUCCCACCUGCUCUCCCUCGCCGAGCUCUGCCACUCGCCCACCUUCCUGGAGUUCUUCUACCUGGGCGACCUGCGGGCGGGGCAGGUGCUGCUGCGCGGCGGGCGCUACCAGGAGGCGCUGGGCUUCUUCCUGAAUGCGCUGAGGCUGCAGGAGAAGCUGGGCUGCCAGGCGCAGCACCAGCAGCGAGCUCACUGGCUCUUCACCCUGCUGGGCCUGGUGGCCUGCUUCCAGGAGCUGGACCAGCUGGGCGAGGCCCAGGAGCACUGCGACCGCGCCCUGCAGGACCUGGCCCCUUCCCAGCAUGCCCUGCAGCAGCAGAACCUGCACCCGCUCCUCGUCCCCCUGCUGCAGGCCAACGUGCGGCUGUCCUGGAAGAUCUCCAAGGACAAGCGGCGGUGGGAGGCACUGUUGCUGGAGAUCCAGGACUCUGGGGUGGACACGGGCAACCAGCCCAGCCUGAAAGAGUACCUGAUCAAGGAGGUCCUGGAGGACAGUGAGGGGGACCCCAAGCUCAGGGUCAAAGGUGACAGCACAUAAAACCCACAUCUAAAUUUAUACCAGACUCGGAUGUCCAUGAGGGAAUUCCUGUUUUUAUUUUACACAGGGCUUGUAGGAAGGUCUUAGGACACACCACUGUCUUAAUUGCUGUGCAACUGCUAAGUUAAAUACGCUUAUAGUUGUAGGAAUGGAUGAAGGCAGAAAAUUCUUUUCUGCUUCUUACUGAAAAGAAAACACUGGCUCUUCAGCCCCACAGUUCUGUGUGUCUAACAGACACUGAUGAUGUGGGCUAAAUGUAAAGGUGUACCUGGGGCUUGAAUUAUUGAUUUUAUCUUUUGUAUGAAAAGGCAGAGUUCAGGUCGCAUUUUUUUUAGUGUUUCAAAUCUCCGUGGCCCACAGUCACCCAAAGGGAGCCGCAGCAAUUAAGAGGCCUGUUCAUUGGAGGAAAUGCAAUGACGGUAUAGUGUGACUAAAGGGAAACUCGAUUCUUCUGCUCAGGUAGACCGUCUGUACAUUAUGACUGGGGAUAAUCAAGGGUGUUAUGGGACUUUGAUCCUACAAGAGAAGGAGCAGUGCUAUGAUCCCUAAUUUGAUGUUAACAGCUCUUUGCCUGCUGAAAUGCUGAACAUGGCACUGUAUAAUCUUUCCCCAAGAGAGGCUGUUCAUAGUUAUGAUCAGUCGAGCAGAUGAUAUGGUUUGAGAGGUUGCAAAACUAUGACCAGACGGCCGUGUGUCUGGCUUUAUUCUUUAAGCACACAUCUUUCUGGGCUCCAGAGUGGCGUACCCAGCUAAAGCACCUUUUUUAGUGCAAUAAUUUACACAGUCUUUCAGACUAAACCCUUGCCACCUAUAUACACUAGUGCUGAUUGGCUAGGAGUCUCACAGGCUAUGCUAGCGCUGAUUGGCUAGGAGUCUCACAGGCUAUGCUAGCGCUGAUUGUCUAGGAGUCUCACAGGCUAUGCUAGCGCUGAUUGUCUAGGAGUCUCACAGGCUAUGCUAGCGCUGAUUGGCUAGGAGUCUCACAGGCUAUGCUAGCACUGAUUGGCUAUGAGUCUCACAAACUGUGCUAGUGCUGAUUGGUUUGGAGUCUCACAGGCUAUGCUAGUGCUGAUUGGCUAGGAGUCUCACAGGCUAUGCUAGCCCUGAUUGGCUAGGAGUCUCACAGGCUAUGCUAGUGCUGAUUGGCUAUGAGUCUCACAGGCUAUGCUAGCCCUGAUUGGCUAGGAGUCUCACAGGCUAUGCUAGUGCUGAUUGGCUAUGAGUCUCACAGGCUAUGCUAGCACUGAUUGGCUAGGAGUCUCACAGGCUAUGCUAGCGGUGAUUGGCUAGGAGUCUCACAGGCUAUUCUAGUGCUGAUUGGUUAGGAGCCUCACAGGCUAUUCUAGUGCUGAUUGGCUAGGAGUCUCACAGGCUAUGUUAGUGCUGAUUGGAUAGAAGUCUCACAGGCUAUGCUAGUGCUGAUUGGCUAGGAGUCUCACAGGCUAUGCUAGCACUGAUUGGCUAUGAGUCUCACAAACUGUGCUAGUGCUGAUUGGUUUGGAGUCUCACAGGCUAUGCUAGUGCUGAUUGGCUAGGAGUCUCACAGGCUAUGCUAGUGCUGAUUGGCUAGGAGCCUCACAGGCUAUUCUGGUGCUGAUUGGCUAGGAGUCUCACAGGCUAUGCUAGUGCUGACUGGCUAGGAGUCUCACAGGCUAUGCUAGUGCUGAUUGGCUGUGAGUCUCACAAGCUAUGCUAGUGCUGAUUGGCUAUGAGUCUCACAGGCUAUGCUAGUGCUGAUUGGCUAGGAGUCUCACAGGCUAUGCUAGUGCUGAUUGGCUAGCGCUCCCCAGUUGCCGCUGCAUUUGCAUAGCUUUGUUUAAGAAUAGCCGGUUGAUCAGACACUGCGCAGCCCUGCUAGACGAUGGUGGCUUUGUGCAGUGAAACCCUCCCAAGUGGGCAGUGGGAGGGCACAGGGUGGGCCUGAACGUGAGGGCUGAGGACUGUUCACUUAUACGUUUUUAUACAAGUGAACAGUCCUGAAAAUUUUGAUCAAAAUUGUUAAGUUUUGAUGUUUCAAAACUCCAGCCCUGGUCCUGGAAGGGUACUGGGUCAGUCUGCUGGUUCUGUUUUUCCCAAUUUACCUGCCCUCCCUAUCCCCCAACAAACGGUUCAGACAUGAGACACUAGGUCACUAGGUGACGUGACUUUACUGUGAAACCAGUUGCCUUAAUCGAUCAAUUUAGUACUGAAUAACAACUAAAACCGACAUGCCCCCCCAUUCCCUAGGAACAGGGUGGGUCCCUCACCUAGCCCUUAAUUUUUGGUGGUUUUUUGUUUACAUCACUUGUUUUUGGUUAGCUAACAGACAUUAUCUUUAGGAGGUGUCAUUUAUGAUGCAUUGCAGACCCUCCAUAGCUCAGUGUAAUCUGUAUUUAUAUUUCUUUUUUAUGAAGUGUAUCACAACCAUGUAUCCUGGGUGUGCUAUACCAAGUGCUUGCAUUUCACACAGAUAUGAGUUUAGUAUUCAAACAUAGCACUUAGAAAUGGGCUGCUGCUGUAUUUUUUAAAUAUUUCGUUUAAAUCAUUUGUCCCUUUCUUGUAUCGUUACAAACAUGCUAAACGGAGAUGUAACAGAGUUGGGUUUUGACGUAUUGAAAUAACAGCUUCUGUGUUCACGCUGUCUAAAGCAGAUUUGAAUCUUGGAAAUUUUACAAAAUGUAUAUUUUUCAAUAAAGAUGCACAAGACAUGAAGAGAAUGGAGUCA